GAGAUGCAGAAGGAGGAUUAUUCGUACGACGGUCUCGCGGCGGGGGAUAAGUCCUCCGCCGAGGAGGAGGCGCCGCUGCAAUUUUUUGACGGAAAUCCGUUCCUGUCGCCGACGUCUCCGAGCUAUGUGAACUCCGGCGCCUCGUUCUACACGUCGCUUUUUCAGAACUGCUACUCGAGUUCUCCGACUGAGACAGCGUCCUUCGACGACGGCGGCGACACCGAUCGCCGCCUCCAGGAUGCUAGCUGUGUUCUGGAGUAUCAGCAGCUUUACAACCGCUAUAAGCUAUGUAUUGCUCGGCUUCACGACUCUGUUGAGGAGGUUGAAGCGCUCCGUCGCGAGAAUGAGUCUCUACGUAUGUCCAACGCUGAUCUCUCUCGCCGCAUCGCGUUGCUUUUCUCUCGUGACCGUCUCUUGUCUGAGCUCAACCGCCUGAGCGUUGCCUCUCCCUCUGCUUCACCCCCCGCCGCUGGUCAGCUUGGCUAUCACGUUGCUGGAACUCAACCUCUUUCUGAACAUAAUCGUGUGGAGCGGAGGAGUUCCGAGCGAAUCUCGCUUCCGAAGAGCAUCUCGGUGCGCUCCAGUGAUUAUCUGAGGAUGUCUCGACACGGUCGUGAAACUAGCGGCCAUAAAGCAGAGUGUCAGUCCGCUGCUGCAUCGCAGAGAGUGUACAUACCAACAGCUGCUGCAGGGACCAAAAAGGAAGAAGAGGCAGUCGAACUCGACGUGUACAACCAAGGAAUGUUCAAAACGGAGCUAUGCAACAAGUGGCAGGAAACAGGAGCGUGUCCGUACGGGGAGAAUUGCCAGUUCGCUCACGGUAUCAAAGAACUCCGACCUGUGAUCAGGCAUCCUCGCUACAAGACUGAGGUCUGCCGCAUGGUGCUCGCGGGAGACAUCUGCCCGUACGGCCACCGCUGCCAUUUCCGCCACUCUCUCACUGAGGAGGAGCGUCUCAUGGCUGGUGCAGCGCUACCUCGUUGAAGAUACACCACCGAAUUAAGACUAAUAAAAAAAAACUGUGAGUUUAUCUGCUCCUCCCUCUUUCCAAUCCAUAUUGAUUUUUUGGGGAUUAAACUCGGGUUUCAAACUGGUUAAAAUUGAUAAUUUCAAAACUGAAUAUGAUUCUUUCCAUGAAUACAUAUAGGAUAAGUGUAAUUAGCGUCACUUAGAAAUGGCUAUAGAUGAAUGAAUUGAGUAAGAUAUGGCAACUGUAAACGAUGACAUAUAUAUAUAUACCUAUAUAUAUAGUGAUUUCCAAAGCACGUAAAUAAUAAUCCAGUAUACAUAUAUUACUUGAGAUAAGAAGCUGCUGCCUGCUGCACUGUUUGGCAUUCAAAUUGCUUUUCUACCUUUAUGGUCUAUCACUUAAAUUAUUGUAGCUAUUUGAGCAAAGUUUCUGAUUUGAUUUAAGUAUUCUUAUUAUUGCUUAUGAAAGUUUUAUGUCACUCAGAGCCUGAAUCUGUUUUUUUUUUU